ACCCUCGUCUGCUAGGUCCGAUACUCCCCCAUAGGUAUCGGUUUCUGUCAGAACGAGGCUUUAAACAAGGCGUCACCAUUCCUUGGUCUAAGGUCUUCUUUCUCCCCCUCCGAGCUCGACCACCCUAACGUCCUCUUCGUGAGACGUUAAAAAAAUACCUGCCAUUGUAGCUGGCUCCGCCAGCAUUCACAGUUUCUCAUUAACCUGUGGGCCUACUCUCUCAAACGAACGCCGCAAGGUUCGUUUGGGCGGCAGUCAGUGCUCCGCGGUCGCUACAGUACCUUACCUGCAGCAAACACCCCGAUAUUAGAACGAUAAGCCGGCUCCUUUGAAUCGUCUCGGCUGCUCGCCUCUAGGGUACCCGUACGGAGAUGAUCAACUUCGAGAUCCCCACCAACUAUACAUUUUCGCCAUCUGAGGGCACGCCCCAUUUGACAAUCAAUCACAAUGUUGCUGCAGAUAUAGACUCCACCAAUGCCUUUGAAGGCCCGGAAAAGUUGCUCGAGGUUUGGUUUGCCCCCAAUCCGAAAUCUCUCCCGCCUGGAGUCAAGGAGAAUGGCCUGAAGUCGGUCGCCAGUGAGACCUGGGUCGGAAUGCUCGACAUGGUUAAUUGCAAGAUCCUCUCGGUUCUCGAGGCAGAGCACAUGGACGCCUACUUGCUCUCCGAGUCUAGCAUGUUCGUGUUUCCCCACAAACUUAUUCUUAAGACGUGCGGAACCACCACUCUUCUUCUUGGCCUUCACAGGCUCCUUCGAAUCGCUGCCGAACAUGCCGGAUUCCCUUUCCAUAAUGCUACCUCGAUGGACAACAUCCAUGCUGCCGCUACGCCUUAUCGGGUGUUCUACUCGCGAAAGAACUUCCUAUUCCCUCACAAGCAACAGGGACCCCAUCGCAGCUGGAAGCAGGAAGUUAAGUAUCUUGAUGACAUGUUUGAGGGAGGAAGCGCUUAUAUGGUUGGAAAAAUGAAUGGUGAUCAUUGGUACUUAUAUAUCACCUCGCCAUCGAUGAGCUUGACGCCACCUCGUACGCCGGACGGUGAAAAGGUAGCUGCAAGUCCUACCAGCACGUUCAGGAUUCCCACUGGUAUGACUUCCGCCUUCAAUGGUGGCCCGGAGGGCAAUGACGAAACACUCGAGAUUUUGAUGACGGACCUUGAUCCAGAGAACGCGAAGAAAUUCUACCUAGAGCACGCGAGUGCGGUCGCGAGCACUAGGCUCUCUGAACAGGUUCAGGAAGCACGACAGAUGGCCAUUGACAGCUUUGGAGACCUAUCUGGCAGUACCGCUACGCUUAAGACUACAAGCACGAUCGAGAGCGUGUUCGACGACAUGGUUGAUGUGUUCAGCAACGGGAGCGACUCUGAUCUGCAUGAUACGCAUACCCCACUCUCUGAGCAAGCGGACGCCGAGUGCAUGACUACGGAAGGCCACGCGCUUGGAACUGUGGUUUCGGACGCUUGUGGCCUUUCGGACGUAUAUCCCACUUCUAAAUAUCCGGAUGCCCGUAUCGAUUCCUAUCUCUUUACCCCAUGCGGUUUCUCGGCCAAUGGCAUUAUCCCAGCCCCUCAGAAUCAGGAAAUUGAUGAGAAUGCUAAGUCCACUCAUUAUUUCACUGUGCAUGUGACGCCCGAGCCUAUCUGCUCAUUUGCUUCUUUCGAAACGAAUGUUCCGGGUGGUCAAAACGGACGUGAAACCUCGGAAAUUAUUGACCAUGUGGUUCGGAUCUUCAAGCCUGGACGAUUCAGCGUCACUCUUUUCGAGGCCAAGGCGGUCCAUAUGUACGACAGUGAUGAAAUCCCAACUGGGAUCGGUCGCAGCAAGCGCAUGGAGAAGAUCCCAGGAUACCGGCGCAUCGAUCGUAUCGUCCACGAUUUUGACGAUUACGAACUUAUCUUCCGGUUUUAUGAGCGAGAAGAUUGGGUUGGUGGAAGCGGUCCCCGCGUCGGGGAGGACAUUUAAGGGCCAAUUGGACUGUUGGCAACCCUUAUGUCUUAUCUUUUUCAUUCUUGAUCCGGUUUGCUUUUACAUUUAAUUAUUGGGACUUCGGGAAAGUUAGCAGGCACGGUUGCGAAGGAAAUUGAACAGCAAUAGUCACUUUGGGUGGACGAUUUCAGCAUUUUGCUUCGACGUAGGGUUUCUUGUGUCAACCUAUCUCGGGGUUACUCCAAGUCUAAACCUGGUACACUCAUUCUUCACUGAUCAAUCAAGGCCUUAAAUUGCCAAUCCCUCGUUAAAUUAUGCCAUGUGGUUGAUAAUCUACAGAUGAUAUUAAAUUGGGAUGUAAACGAGGCAUAGUAACUUCGGCAACUUAUAAGAUGGCCAUUUCGAAGCCAUAUGUGUUACAUCCUGCACGGCGAGCGCUAGAACAUAUACUUGUGCUAAACCGAUCAGUCAAUAUAUUCAGGGAAAUCUAGGAUAAAAUACUAUAAACCCCCUUUUCACCCGUAUUUUGUUAGACCUAAUAGUAUCUUGCCAAGAAAGGGAUUUUUACUAAAUUUACCCACGUGAAGUUCAUGUAACUAGCAAUGAAACAUAUUCACCUUAUAGAAUCGUUAUACGUUAAGACUAUGGCGUACCAGAGGUAUGUUGUACAUUGCGGGCUUUAGCG